AUGGCGGUGGUGUCGGCGCUGGCCAAGUACAAGCUCGUGUUCCUGGGCGACCAGGCGGUGGGCAAGACGGCCAUCAUCACCCGCUUCAUGCACGACAAGUUCGACGACACCUACCAGGCGACGAUCGGGAUCGACUUCCUGUCCAAGACGAUGUACCUCGAAGACCGCACCGUUCGCCUCCAGCUCUGGGACACAGCUGGGCAGGAGAGGUUCCGCAGCCUGAUCCCAAGCUACAUCAGAGACUCCUCCGUGGCCGUCAUCGUUUACGAUGUCACCGACAGCCAAUCCUUCUUGAACACAUCAAAGUGGAUCGAGGAAGUAAACACGCAAAGAGGUGGAGAUGUGCUCAUCUUCCUCGUCGGAAAUAAAACUGACCUUGUUGACAAGAGGAAAGUGUCCACUGGCGAAGGAGAAGCCAAAGCACAGGAGCAUGGUGCCAUGUUCAUAGAGACCAGUGCAAAAGCUGGGUUCAACGUCAAGCCUCUGUUCCGCAAGAUCGCUGGAUCCCUUCCAGGACUGGACGCGCUCUCGUCAGCAAAGCACGAAGACAUGGUCGACAUAAACCUCAGACCUGCCAGCGGCUCGUCGGCGUCAGGCGCAGCCGCGCAGCUGGAGCAGAAAUCAGGUGGUUGCUCCUGUUGA